AUGAAAUGGUUAGUUCAAAAUAUUUUGACGUUCCUCUCGAACGGCGACAAACCACCAAACGAGAUUUCACUUUUGAAGACGCCUACUCAGGCGCAACUCGACAUCGACAACCUGAUGAGCCGUCUGCUCAACGUCGGAAUGGCCGGCGGAAGGCUGACGACGUCCGUCAACGAGCAAGAGCUUCAAGCGUGUUGCGGCAUCGCCAAGACGGUGUUCGCAUCGCAAGCGUCGCUUCUCGAAGUCGAACCGCCGCUCAUCGUGUGCGGCGACAUCCACGGACAAUAUUCGGACCUGCUGCGUAUCUUCGACAAGAACGGAUUCCCGCCAGACAUCAACUAUUUGUUCCUCGGCGACUACGUCGAUCGUGGACGCCAGAACAUCGAGACGAUCUGCCUCAUGUUCUCGUUCAAGAUCAAGUACCCCGAGAACUUUUUCAUGCUUCGCGGAAACCACGAAUGCCCAGCCAUCAACCGUGUGUACGGAUUCUACGAGGAGUGCAAUCGCCGCUACAAGAGUUCGAGACUCUGGACCACAUUCCAAGACACCUUCAACUGGAUGCCACUCUGCGGAUUGAUCGGAGGACGUAUCCUUUGCAUGCACGGAGGUCUCUCGCCGCAUCUUCAGAGUCUCGACCAGCUCCGUAAUUUGGCUCGUCCACAAGAUCCACCAAAUCCAUCGAUCGGAAUUGAUCUUCUGUGGGCUGAUCCAGAUCAAUGGGUGAAGGGAUGGCAAGCAAACACUCGUGGAGUCUCGUAUGUCUUCGGACAGGAUGUCGUCGCUGAUCUUUGCGCUCGUCUUGAUCUUGAUCUUAUCGCUCGUGCUCACCAGGUUGUUCAAGAUGGAUACGAGUUCUUUGCUUCGAAGAAAAUGGUCACCAUCUUCUCGGCUCCACAUUAUUGCGGUCAAUUCGAUAACUUUGCGGCCACCAUGAAGGUCGACGAGAACAUGGUGUGCAACUUUGUCAUGUACAAGCCGACGCCAAAGAGCAUGCGUCGCGGAUAA